UCGUCCCCUAACAUAGAUGGCAGUCUUUGCAGCAAAACAUACCGAAUGCCAUUUGCCAUUUGCCUGACUCAAGUCAUGCAUAGCAAUAGCAUGGGGCAAUUGUAGCCUUUUAUCCUUGGUACCCCAUGUGCUGAAAAGCAACCUUUCCUUUCACUGACUCUUCAUUUUUAUGUUCCCUGCAGUUUUUGUUUUUUUUUUUUCAAUCACUCACCCUUUUGUUUGGGUUAUUAGUUAUUACUCCGCUUAGUCUCCCCACACAAUUCCACGCAUCAACCAAAUCUAACUCUCUUUCUCUGUCCCCCACACCCCUCCCUCCUAUGUCCUAUCCCAUUCUGAAGAAACACAAUUACAGGUUAGAACCCCCCAUAUCAAAGCUAAAGUCUUUUGGAGCCAAACUUGAAGUUUUAUUCAUCAUCUUCACCUCGAAUCAGAUGAGGGAGAAGUUCCUAUUAUUCAACUUUUGUUAGCAGUAAAAGCUCUCUUCUUUAUUUUUUUAUUUAUUUAUUUUGUUUCUAAUAAGGAGUUAAAGACAAUUUGUUGUUGGUGUUGCCAUGAGGGAGUUUCCUUCUUGUUUUGGAGAAAAUGGGGUUCAGAUUGCUGACUCAUCCUCAUCAAGCACCACAAGAGCAGCUCAAAAUGUGGUUACGUGUGUCUAUCAGUGCAAAUUAAGAGGCCGUUCAUGCCUGAUUACAGUCUGGUGGACAAAAACUCUGAUGGGUCAAGGCUUGAGUGUGGGAAUAGAUGACUUGGGAAACCAUUGCCUCUGCAAGGUGGAGAUAAAGCCAUGGCUCUUCUCGAAGAGAAAAGGGUCAAAGAAUUUGGAGGUCCAAUCUGGUAAAGUUGACAUCUUUUGGGAUUUGAGUUGUGCCAAGUUUGGUUCAGGGCCUGAGCCAUUGGAGGGGUUCUACUUAGCGGUUGUGUUCAACAAGGAGAUGGUGUUGCUCCUAGGGGAUCUGAAAAAGGAGGCAUGCAAGAAGAUUGAGAGUGAUUGUGCCUUUUCUCACUGUGGUGCUGUUUGCAUUGCAAAGAGAGAGCACAUUAUUGGGAAGAAGUUUUAUGGUGCAAAGGCUCAGUUUUGUGACAAGGGGCAGGUGCAUGAUGUCACAAUUGAGUGUGACACUUUGGGGCCCAGCGAUCCCUCUCUUGUGAUUCGAAUUGAUAGCAAGACAGUGAUGCAGGUGAAGCGUCUCAAGUGGAAGUUCCGAGGGAAUCACACCAUUUUGGUGGAUGGUGUUCCGGUUGAAGUGUUUUGGGAUGUGCACAGUUGGCUCUUUGGGAAUGCUAUGGGCAAUGCAGUGUUCAUGUUCCAAACAUGCAUUUCAAAUGAUAAGAUGUGGGAAGGCCAAUCAGUUUCUGAUCCCUCUGCAUUAACAUGGGCUUCUUCUCAGCAGUUUAGGGAUUCUCAAUUGCAAGGCUUUGGGUUCUCUCUCAUUUUUUAUGUUUGGAAACAUGAGUAAUCAAUAGAGGUGUUAAGUCUUAUUCCUCAAUGUUACAUUUAUAUUGACAGCCACAUUUUUCAACAAUGAAACUGAUCAACUUGCCCCUUUUUCUCAUUUUGAUCUUUCAUAGCUUUAUUUGCUUUUGCUAUAACGUCUGUAGUCUCUUAUUGUUUAUUCCAGAAUCUGUUUGCAAAGUUUGUUACUGAACAUAUGAUCUGCGAAGAGUGUUAACUGUAAAGGUAUAUGCUAAAUAAAAUUUCUGAAUGGUAUAACUGUCAAGAAUGA